UCUCCACCCUCCAGCCUCCCACUGACACUUCUCAUAAAUAUUACCAAGGCUUAUUGGGGGAACUCGCAGCACAAAGUCACACCGUGCGCCGCUUUCAACCAUCUGUCAGAAUAAUCGACAAUCGAUUUUUCGUCUCGCACCGGUUUGGCUCCGGUGGAUGCGCCUCCGCAGCGUUUCUCUGCGUGAACUUUCCGCACCGUGAGCUGCGCCCGCAGCCGCAGAGCCGCUGUCGCCGGUAACCAGCCGCGGUCCCGGGGCUGCAGCUCGGUUGCGUCCUCUCUGGAGCGGGAGCGUUUCUCCACAGCAAAGACCGUCCGGUGAAAAGCGAGGGGAACCCUACUGUGUCAAGUGGGGGAAGUGAAGACGUGAGCCGGUCGCUGGUCGAGGAAAGUGGUGCGGUUUCACAAGUUUAGUUGAUUUUUGUCAUCAAGAUUAGAAAAGAAGAAGGACUCGUUCAUUCUGAACUUCGUUGAUUUAAUUGCCGAGUGUCCACGAUGAGCAAACCCACGGGCUCAACAAGUGGCUGUUUGGAUAUUCUCAACGUGAAAUCAAGUCGGAUUCUGGACAUCCCAUGCAAAGUAUGCGGUGACCGGAGCUCAGGGAAACACUACGGCGUUUACGCCUGUGACGGAUGCUCCGGAUUCUUUAAGAGGAGCAUCCGCAGAAACAGGACCUACGUCUGUAAAUCUGGCUCUCAGGGAGGGUGUCCCGUGGACAAAACGCACAGGAACCAGUGCCGAGCGUGCCGUUUGAAAAAGUGUCUGGAAGUGAACAUGAAUAAAGACGCUGUUCAGCACGAGAGGGGGCCCCGGACGUCCACCAUCCGCAAACAGGUCGCCCUAUAUUUCCGAGGUCACAAAGAGGUGAACGGAUCGUCGACCCACUUCCCGGGAUCCUCUCUCCCCGGGCCUCCGUUCUUCACCACAGUCACGCAACUGGAGCCGCACAACCUGGAGAUGAGCACGGUGGCGACCACACCUGAGAGACAGGCCAUGGUGGGUCUGGCGCAGCCCACCCCCAAGUAUCCUCAUGAAGUCAGCGGCACCCCCAUGUACCUGUACGAGGUGGCGACGGAGUCUGUGUGCGAGUCGGCGGCGCGCCUCCUGUUCAUGAGCAUCAAGUGGGCAAAAAGUGUGCCCGCGUUCUCCACGCUGCCAUUAUCCGACCAGCUCAUCCUUCUGGAGGACGCGUGGAGGGAGCUUUUUGUUCUGGGCAUCGCGCAGUGGGCCAUUCCCGUGGACUCCACCACGCUCCUCGCCGUUUCCGGGAUGAACACCGAAAACACGGAGUCUCCGCGGAUGAGUAAGAUCAUGUCUGAGAUCCAAGCGCUGCAGGAGGUCGUCACCCGAUUCAGACAGAUGCGUCUGGAUGCGACAGAAUUCGCCUGUUUGAAAUGUAUCGUGACCUUCAAAGCUGUUCCCACGCAUGGCAGCACUGAACUGCGAAGUUUCCGCAACGCCAGCGCCAUCGCGGCUCUACAAGACGAGGCGCAGCUCACUCUCAACAGCUACAUACACACCAGGUACCCGACUCAGCCCUGUCGCUUCGGGAAGCUGCUCCUGCUGCUCCCGGCGCUGCGCUCCGUCGGCCCGUCCACCAUAGAGGAGGUGUUCUUCAAGAAGACCAUCGGGAACGUGCCCAUCACCAGGCUGCUCUCCGACAUGUACAAGUCCAGCGAUAUAUGACGUCCAGCAGGCGAGGGGAGAAUACUCGAGCUCGAGCCCCACGGACCCACCCGGCAAUGGACCGAAUGUCAAACAAUAGCAGGUGCAACCAGGGGCUGGACUUUGGCUGAGCACAAACUUUCCGAGGCCACCUCAAAGUAGCCUAUUGAGGCCUGGGCUCCACUGGAACAAAGACUGCAGCACAGCCUGAAAUCAACAGUAGCUAGCCUGUUACCAGUCGCUCUAGUUGAGGAUUAGCCUGUAAUUUCCAUUAUAGCAUUGGUGUGGGCACGUGCUGCCUGCAGUGAUUAAAACUCGCCCGAAGACUCUGGAGGGCAUCUGUCUGACGGGAACGUUACCUAUUAAUUAGUUAUUCGAGUGUCUGUGAGACCAAUGAGCUUGACGACCAAUUUAAUCUACUAUUGCUGUGUUCAAUCCAAUGGAGGAAACCAAAAAAUGAAAAAAAUAAAAAAAAAGAUGACGCAUGCCUAAUGGGGGAUGCGAGUCGCUGUCCCUCGAUCCGGUGCUGAAACCAAACGCACGGGGCAACGACGAGGCGGCGCUGAGUGGGAGGAGACGCGCGAGGGACGCGCUUGGUUCGCAUCUGACCAUAAAGCAACAUUCAUCCGACGACGGCGUUUGUAUUUAAGUGGUUUCUGUCCUGUUUUUGUCGGUGUGUCCUGUCUGAGGCGCGGCAUUACGAAAUGUUUAGGUCGACUGUGAAGUUAGACACUAACACUGGAUGAAACCAUAUUCAGCACUUGGAAUAUGUUUGUGUGGCCCGUGAUGUUUUUAUUCUGUUGUAAAUACUUGGAAGUUAUAACUAUUUAGAGUUGUAACCAAGAGAAUAAAAGACGCCGAGUUAAUCUGGUUUCAUAGAUUUUAAACUACCAGAUGCCAAGUAUUUGUAUCAUAAUGUUACUCUUAUCAGAACAGUUAUCAUUAAGCGCUGUUUCAAAGGGUCUGCUUAGCAUUUUAUUAUAAGGCUAUAAAAAGUAAAUUUAAAAACGAACCUGAGUCGUUAUUUGAGAAGGGCUUGGUGGAAAACCAAAUGGUAUCUCAUCACAUUAUUCACUUGUAAAGCAGAGGGUGUUUUACAACCUAAGUCAUGCAUUAGUUAUGAAUUGCUGUACUUACGUUAAGUGUUUCCAACGUCCCAUUCACAAGUUGUCCAAUCGAUUCUAAAGCAAACCUCAGGACAGUGUUAACAGAUUAAAUCAACCUUGUAAAAGAGAUAGA